UUCAGAAAACGUAAAUACAACAUUGUAUUUACAUUCUCUGUAUUUACAUUCUCUGAUCAGAUUGAAUUUACGUUCUCUGCGUUCUCUGCUCUGAUCAAAGGCAAAAAGCAGUAAUAAAAUGUACGUGAAUCUUUUGUUUAUGCAUAGUACUUUCACCUGGUAAUGUUAUGAAUUUUAGUUUAGUUGGUCGCUACAUCUAAGAUAAUUCCAUAUAGUAUUUUGGUUAAAAUGAAAGAAAGUUGUGAAAUAAAGUCUGAAAACAUGGUUGAAAACGAAAUUGGUGUUGACCUAGAGGAGCGAAAAAAAGUUCCUAUAACAACUAUAUUGGCUUUCUUAUUAGCUUCAAUCUGUACGGCAAUAGUGUUGGAGUUCUUGAUUACUGAUCGUAGCUGCUUAAAAUCUGAAUUCAAUACUGGACUGCCAGAUGGCAAUACGUCAGCAAAUAAUCAUUUUAAAUAUGCGACAUUUCCCCCUAUUAAACCGAAAGAUUGUCAUCUGCAGCAUGUGGUUGGAAUUUUGCAGGAAAUCGGAUAUGAGGAGACAGCAAUAGAUGAUACCAAUUGGACACUUCUUUGGGCACAUGAAUAUCCUUUCCGGUCUUUGUCGGAAAGAAUGCGAAAUUUAUUACCCUCGCAAACCGUAAACCAUUUUCCAGGAAUCGGAUUUAUAACUAGCAAAGUUGACCUUUCUACCUCUGCUCUUCCUUUUAUGCCUAAGGCUUUUCGUUUGCCUGAACAAAGGAAUGAAUUUGAAAAAUAUUCUCAAGGCAAACCCAAUUCUUUAUUUGUUGAAAAGCAUAACAAUCACAGAUCCAUCAGUAUACGUCCACCAAGUGCUGUGAAUUUAAGUUCUACUGAUAGUUUCAUUCAAGAAUUUGUUGAUAAUCCAUUUUUAGUAGAUGGUUAUAAAUUUGACAUUGGUGUUUAUGUGGUGUUGACUUCAAUUAAUCCCUUGAUGGUGUACAUGUAUUCAGGUGACGUUUUGUUUCGCUAUUGUCCUGAGAAAUACUACCCAUUCGAUACGGAAAAUGUGGACAAGUAUGUUGUUGGCGAUAAUUACUUGGCAACUUGGGAUGUUCCUUCCUUAAAAAAGUAUUUCGACACUUUUGGCGGCAGCAUGCGGGCUGCUUUUGAUGCAUAUGUUCGAGAUCAGUCAUUAGAUCCGUCAGUGAUCUGGAUUCAAGUCGAAGACAUCAUACGUCAGACAAUUUUUUCAAAAUUGAAUAAUAUUAUAAUGGCGAUGAGGCCUUUUAAAAAAGGAAAUUUUUUUGAGCUGCUCCGAUUUGAUUUGAUUUUGGACGAUAAUUUGCAAGUUUAUCUCAUGGAAGUUAAUAUGUCUCCUAACCUUUCUUCAGCACAUUUUAAACCAAAUGCAUUGUUAUACGAACAGAUUUUGUAUAACGUUUUUAACCUCGUUGGAGUGGGAUCAUCUUUAAAAACCGUUAAGACAUCCUUGUUUAAUGAAGAUAUAAUAACAUCUGAUAAAAAUAUUGCUGUGAAACUCAAUGACUGUGCCAAAAAUAUGUGCCACAGGUCUUGUAAUAAACCGGAGUGCGAUUUAUGUUUGCCUUGUUUGAAAGCAUCAGAGGUUGACAUAUUACGAAAGGCUCACUAUGAGUAUUUGCAUAAAAUUGAAAUGAAAAGAAUUUUCCCCAAAACAAUGAUUAGUUCAGCAGACUUUAACUUAGAAGCAGAAAUUCGUAACCUUUCGACGAUGGAUUCACGGUUAACCCGAUGGUUCUAUGAAAAAUGCAAAGCGGAACCAAGUUGGUGUUAAAGAGGAUAUUUAAAUAUAUUUUUACGUUAAUAAUAUUAAUUAAAAUAAUUUAUUUUGUAUUACACUUUUGAGUUAUUUUUGAUUAACGUAACAUGAUAAGAUACAUAUGUAUGUAUGUAGAAGGGCACACAUCGUAAAUUGUCGUUUUAGACGUACAUAUACUAAAUCGAACAAAGAAUAACGGCGAAUUAUUCCGUUCACACAACAGACUAUGAGUCGCCAAAAAUGACAUUUAAUUCUUAUGUUAAGUUGCUAGUUUCAGCUUGUGGUUAUUUAGACCUAAUAAUAGAUAAAUUAUACUAAGCACUAUUGGUUUAAAAUUGACAAAUAAUGGUAAUAAUUUAUUCUUAUAAAGGCACAAAGUUUUAAGUUAGAACAUGUACAUAUAUAAGUGUGCAAUAAAAUAUUUGUAGAUCCUAGGAACCUGCAAAAUGGUAUGACUGGAAUACAAAUAGCAACAAAAAAAAACUCUUUAUUCAAUUGGCUGAUAAAAUGCUUGCUGACUAUAAAGAUGCCGUCAGAUGUAGGAAAAAAUUAAUUUCUAAUUUCAUGUAAAAAUUACAAAUUUCAAAAUUUUAUUUCAAAAUUUCAAAUUCAAUUCAAUGGAAAAUGAAUUUCGAACUCUUACAAUAAAAGUCUGCAUCCCGUGAAAGGGCUUGUUAUUAAAUCAAA